GGUAUAUUCAUAUACACAAAUUGAGCAUCGUAUGAGAAGUUAUUUCGAAUUGUCGGUUAUGUGCUUUAAUUAACAUUUUUAUAGUUGUUUCGCAUAUAGGUGAUACCUAUCCCGAUGACGAACGCAUUCAAGGAUGUAACGGGGGUCACGAGCCUUCGACUUAUCAGUUCUAGUUAUCAGCGUUGGUGGCCCAAUAGGAUUUCCACGGCAUUCUGACAGACUACUCAUGUAGGACUCACCUUUGGGUGUUGUAAUUUAGUUAUGGUCCUACUUGACUGCACCUAGUACUUAUGCUCUGAAUAUGCGUGUUUCACACUUAAACUUACUCUAGCACGUUGCUUGGUUAUUAUUGCUAGUAUUUGGUUUUUAUUUCUUUGUAAUUCUCUUACCUAUUGCUUCUGCGUCGCACUUUUGGUUACGUCACACUCACGUGACGGCCAGCAUGCCUUGAUUCUAGGAUCGGGGUGUGUCAAUUUGGUAUCAGAGCCUAGGUUGCAGUCUUGUAUAUAUUGUUAAUGCUCUAAUGAUCUUUUGAUGCCUUCCGUCAGAACUAUGUCGCCUCGUAGGGAAUCACGUCGUGCUUCUGAGCCUAAUUUCCCUGAUAUAACUCAAUUAGGGGAAGCGAUGGCCCAUGCCUUUCAGAAUGCAAUCCGUCAUCCUCCUCCUCAAAGAACACCCUUGGAGACUAUGUAUAAUUUGAAAUUGGACAAUUUCAUGGGUAAUGAGGGUCAUGAAGGGGCAGAAAAGUGGUUAGACCAUAUUGAGAAGACUUUUCAAGUGAUGCAGAGUCAAGGGAAUCUUCCUGCUAAUAGAUGGGUUGAGACCACUACUUGGUUUUUAGGACGAGAGCUAGCAACUUAGUGGGUAAAUUAAACUCAGUUUAUGUCACUUGAGAUGGCAGCUGAUUGGAAGUAUUCAAAGAGAAUUUUAAGAAAAGAUUUGUUCCUCCGAAGUACAUUGAUCGUAAGAUGCAGAAGUUCACUCAAUUGAAGCAAAAGAAUAUGUCGGCGUAUGAGUAUUACAGGAAGUUUAUAGACUUAUCUCGUUAUGAUCCUGAUAUAGCUGGUAAUCAGGCAGAGAUGCUUCGCCGUUUUAAGCUGGGAACUAAGAGGAAAUGGCGGACUUUUGCUAGUGCGCUUCCUUGCACCACUUAUCAUGAGUUUUCUGAGAUUUUGGUUCGGAUGGAGGAUUCCGACAACCUUCCUAUUAAUAGUGAGGAUGAUGAAGAUAAGAAUGAUAAUCAGAAGAAAGAUGAUAGGGGUAAAGGUAUCUCCACUCAGGGACCCCAUAAGACACAGAAUUUCAAGAAAAGUGGAGCGAGCUCGAGUUCUUCCAGCGGAGGAUUUAGUGUCACAGGCCCGAGGAGAGGUGGAAGAUUUGCUAGUGGACCUAGUUUUCAGUGGCAGAGAGACUUUGGUGGUGCUGGUGGUUCUGGUGCUCCGUUGUGCCGCCGUUGUAACUUCAGACAUCAUGGAGAGUGUAGGAGAAGUGGUGGUGCUUGCUAGACUUAUAGACAUAUGGGACAUAGGGCUGCUCAGUGUCCCUAGAGUCAGCAGAGAUCUCAACAGUCUGCUAUGCCACCUCCAGCGCCGAUUCAGCAGAACUUUGGAUCAGGCAGUUAUGGUCAGACGGUUCGUGGUGGUGCUUACCAUUAUUAGGGUGAUGCUACUCCCUAUGCUUCCGGACAGAAUCAGUACUUCCAGGAUCCUUAUUUUCAGACUGGGUAUUCCCAAGAUCUUGGAGGUUAUACUUUUUAUCCUUCCAUGCCAGCUAGUGGAUCUCAGUGGUAUCUGAUGCGAAUAAUAUAAGCACACAAAA